CCAUCCAUAUCACAAUUCCAUUCAUUUAAUAUCCCUUUGGUGUCAUUGACAUAAGAGAUGUCGUUUCUAGUCUAUAUCUUUCUAUUUCUAUAUAUGGAAAGUUAAAAAAUCAUCAUAUAAUAAUCCAGAAAAGAAAUCGAAAUAGAAAAGAAAAAAGGGAGGUUUGUGAUGAUUUUGAAAUCUUUUCUACUAGGUAAUCCAGUAUCCUUAUGCAUGAAGAUAAUAAAUUCGGUCGUUAUGGUCGGACUCUAUUAUGGAUUUCUGACCACAUUCUCCAUAGGGCCCUCUUAUCUCUUCCUUCUGCGAGCUCGGGUUAUGGAAGAAGGAGAAGAAGGAACCGAGAAGAAGGUAUCCGCAACAACGGGUUUUAUUGCGGGACAGCUCAUGAUGUUCAUAUCGAUCUAUUAUGCGCCUCUGCAUCUAGCAUUGGGUAGACCUCAUACAAUAACUGUCCUAGCUCUACCGUAUCUUUUGUUUCAUUUCUUCUGGAACAAUCACAAACACUUUUUUGAUUAUGGAUCUACUACCAGAAAUUCAAUGCGUAAUCUUAGCAUUCAAUGUGUAUUCCUGAAUAAUCUCAUUUUUCAAUUAUUCAACCAUUUCAUUUUACCAAGUUCAAUGUUAGCCAGAUUAGUCAACAUUUAUAUGUUUCGAUGCAACAACAAGAUGUUAUUUGUAACAAGUAGUUUUGUUGGUUGGUUAAUUGGUCACAUUUUUUUCAUGAAAUGGGUUGAAUUGGUAUUAGUCUGGAUACAGCAAAAUAAUUCUAUUCGAUCGAAUGUACUUAUUCGAUCGAAUAAGUACCUUGUGUCAGAAUUGAGAAAUUCUAUGGCUCGAAUCUUUAGUAUUCUCUUAUUUAUUACCUGUGUUUACUAUUUAGGCAGAAUACCGUCACCCAUUGUUACUAAAAAAUUCAAAGAAACCUCAGAAACGGAAGAAAGGGGGGAAAGCGAAGAAGAAACAGAUGUAGAAAUAGAAACAACUUUCGAAACGAAGGGGACUAAACAGGAACAAGAGGGAUCCAUUGAAGAAGAUCCUUCUCCUUCCCUUUUUUCGGAAGAAAAGGAGGAUCCGGACAAAAUCGAUGAAAGAGAAGAGAUCCGAGUGAAUGGAAAGGAAAAAACAAGGGAUGAAUUCAACUUUCAAGAGACAUUCUAUAAAGAUAGCCAAGUUUAUAAAACUUCUUAUAUGGAUCGGAAUAAAAAUAAAGAGAAUUCGAAAUUAGAAAUAUUUCAAGAAGAUCCAUUUUUAUUAUGGUUUGAAAAACCUCUUGUGACUCUUCUUUUCGACUAUAAACGAUGGAAUCGUCCAUUGCGAUAUAUAAAAAACAAUCAAUUUGAAAAUGCCGUAAGAAAUGAAAUGUCACAAUAUUUUUUUUAUACAUGUCGAAACAAUGGAAAAGAAAGAAUAUCUUUUGCGUACCCCCCCAGUUUGUCAACUUUCUUGGAAAUGAUACAAAAAAAAAUUUCUUUGUUGACAAGAGAAAAACUACCCUCUGAUGAAUUGUAUGAUCAUUGGAUUUAUACCAAUGAACAAAAAAAGAACAACUUGAGCAAAGAAUUUAGAAAUCGAAUGGAAACUCGAAAUAAAGGAUCCAUUACUCUAGAUGUACUCGAAAAAAGAACUAGAUUGUGUAAUGAUGAAAAUAAAAAAGAAUACUUGCCUAAAAUAUAUGAUCCUUUUUUGAAAGGGCCCUGUCGUGGAAGGGUCAAAUCUUUUUUUUCAUCCCCAAUCCUAAAUAAAAUUUCUAUAAAAAAUUACAUCGAGACAGGUUGGAUAAAUAAGAUUCAUGUUAUACUUUUUAAUACUGAUCAGGAAAACUUGGAAAAACAAAUAGAUGCAUUUGAUAGAAAUUCAUUAUCAACAGAAAAAAAACUUUAUUUAUUUCCAUUUCCAGAAACUGAACAAGGAAGAAUUAAUUCAGAAGAUCAAAUAAAAAUUUUGAAAAUUUUCUUCAACGCAGUUAUAACUGAGCCCAAGACUAAAAGAAUUAAAAAAAAAUCUAUUGGAAUAAAAGAAAUAAGUAAAAAAGUUCCUCCGUGGUCAUACAAAUUAAUCAACGAUUUGGAACAACAGGAGGGAGAAAACGAAGAAAACGUGGCAGAGGAUCAUCAGAUUCGUUCCAGAAAAGCCAAACGUGUAGUGAUUUUUACUGAUAACCAUCAAAAUACUGAUGCUAAUAGCAAAAAUACUAAUAAUCCUGAUCAAGCCGACGAAGUGGCUUUGAUACGUUAUUCACAACAAUCGGAUUUUCGUCGAGACAUAAUCAAAGGCUCUAUGCGUGCUCAAAGACGUAAAACAGUUACUUGUGAAUUGUUUCAAGCAAAUGUGCAUUCUACUCUUUUUUUGGACAGAAUAGACAAACCCCUUUUUUCUUUUGAUAUCUCCGGGAUGAUAAAAUUCAUUUUGAAAAACUGGAUGUAUAAAAAAACAACAGAAUUAAGAAUUUCGGAUUAUACGGAGGAAAAGACAAAAGAAAGUGAGAAAAAAAAAGAGGAAGAAAAAAGAGAAGAAUACAAAAGAGAAGAGAAAGCACGAAUAGAAAUAGCGGAAGCCUGGGAUAGCAUUUUAUUUGCUCAAGUAAUAAGAGGAUCCCUAUUAGUAACCCAAUCUUUUCUUAGAAAAUAUAUUCUAUUCCCUUCAGUGAUAAUAGCUAAAAAUAUAGCCCGUAUGUUAUUAUUUCAAUUUCCCGAGGGGUCCGAGGACUUAAAAGAUUGGAAUAGAGAAAUGCAUGUUAAAUGCACCUAUAAUGGUGUUCAAUUAUCAGAAACCGAAUUUCCAAAAAAUUGGUUGACAGACGGUAUUCAGAUAAAGAUCCUAUUUCCUUUUUGCCUUAAACCUUGGCACAGAUCUAAGGUGUCACCCCCCCAGAAAGAUCCGCUGAGAAAUAAAGGGCAAAAAAACGAUUUUUGUUUUUUAACAGUUUGGGGAAUGGAAACUGAACUUCCUUUUGGUUCUCCCAGAAAACAACGUUCAUUUUUUGAACCCAUUUUUAAAGAACUCAGAAAAAAGAUUAUCAAAUUGCAAAAGAAUUCUUUUUUAGUUAUACAGGUUUUAAAAGAAAGAAUCCAUUUUUUUUUAAACCUUUCAAAAGAAAGAAAAAAAUGGGUCAUGAAAAACAUUCUAUUUUUAAAAGGAAUAAUAAAAGAACUUUCAAAAAGAAACCCAAUUCAAUUAUUUGGAUUAAGAGAAAUAUAUGAAUUGAGUGAAACUAAAAAAGAAAAAGAUGGGAUAAUCAGUAAUGGGAUGAUUAAUGAAUCGUCCAUUCAAAUUCUAUUUAUGAAUUUGACAGAAAAAAAAAUGAAAGAUCUGGAUGAUAGAACCAGCACAAUCAGGAAUCAAAUAGAAAAAAUUACAAAAGAUAAGAAGAAAGGAUUUUUAACUCCGGAAAUCAAUAUAAAUAUUAGUUAUAAUAAAAGAAGUUAUCCUACUAAACUAUUAGCAUCAAUAAAAAAUAUUUGGCAGAAAUUAAAGAAAUUAAAAAGAAGAAAUGUUCGAUUAAUCCACAAAUCAUAUUCUUUUUUCAAAUUUUUAAUUGAAAGGAUAUACAUAGAUAUCCUUCUCUGUAUCAUUAAUAUUCCGAGGAUCACUACACAACUUUUUUUUGAUAAUUCAAAAAAAAUGAUUGAUAAAUACAUUUACAAUAAUGAAAGAAAUAAAGAAAAAUUUGAUAAAAGAAAUAAAAAUACAAUUCGUUUUAUUUGGACUAUAAAAAAAUCAAUUUCGGAUAUUAGUAAUAAAAAAUCAAAGAUUUUUUUAUCCUCAUUCUCACAAGCAUAUGUAUUUUACCAAUUAUAUCAAACGCAAAUUCGUAACUUGUAUAAGUUAAGAUAUGUCCUUCAAUAUCAAUAUCACGGAACAUCUCUUUUUCUUAAGAAUAAAAUAAAGGAUUAUUUUGAAACACAAGGAAUUUUUCAUUCUGAAUUAAAACAUAAAAAUAUUUGGAAUUCGGGAAUGAUUCAAUGGAAAAACUGGUUAAGGGUUCAUUAUCAAUAUGAUUUAUCUCCGAUUAGAUGGUAUCGAUUAGUACCACACAAAUGGCGAAAUAGAUUCAAUCAAACCCGUAUAGUGCAAAAUAAAGAUUUAAACAAAAAGCAUUCAGAUGAAAAAGAUCGAUUAAUAUUAAUUAAUUACAAAAAAUUAAAUGAUUUUGAAUCAAAUUCAAAAUAUAACUUUCAACAAUACUAUAAAUAUGACCUUUUUUCAUAUAAAUCGAUUAAUUAUGAAAAUAAGAAGGAUUCACAUAUUUCUGUAUCACCAUUACGUUUAAAUAAUAAACAAGAGAUUUGUUAUAAUUACAAUAAGAUAUAUAAAAAGGGUAAAUUCGUUGAUAUGACAGGAGGUAUUAUUCCUAUUAAUUUAGAAGAUGAUGCUAUUAUGAAUCUGGAUAAAUUUACAGAUAGAAAAUAUUUUGAUUGGAGAAUUUUCGAUUUUUGUCUUCGAAAUAAAGUCGAUAUUGAGUCCUGGAUCGAUAUCGAUACCAAUGGUAAUAAAAAUACUAAGACUGGGAUUAAUAAUUAUCAAAUAAUUGAUAAAAUGGAUCAAAAAGGUCUUUUUUAUCUUAAAAUUUCCCAAAAUAGAGGAAUUACGGCAUCCAACAAAAAAAAAGACCUUUUUGAUUGGAUCGGAAUGAAUGAAGAAAUACUAAGUCGUCCCAUAUCGAAUCUGAAACUUUGGUUCUUUCCAGAAUUUGUGCUGCUUUAUAAUACAUAUAUUAUGAGACCGUGGAUCAUACCAAUCCAACUACUUCUUUUAAAUUUUAAUGAAAAUGGUAGUGAAAAUAAAAACAUCACUAGAAAGAACAAAAGGAAUCUUUUUCUAUUUUCGAAUGAAAAAAAAUCGAUUGAAUUAGAGAAUCGAAAUCAAGAAGAAAAAGAAUCCGCAAGUCGAGAUAAUCUUGAAUCAGAUGCACAAAAUCAAGCGAACCUUGGAUCACUUCUCUCAAACCAAGAAAAAGCUAUUGAAGAAGAUUAUGCAAGCUCAGAUAUGAAAAAACGUAUAAAGAAAAAGCAAUAUAAGAGCAACACGGAAGCAGAACUUGAUUUCUUCCUAAAAAGGUAUUUACGUUUUCAAUUGAGAUGGGAUGAUUCUUUAAAUCAAAGAAUGAUCAAUAAUAUCAAAGUAUAUUGUCUCCUACUUAGACUGAUAAAUCCAAGAGAAAUUGCUAUAUCCUCUAUUCAAAGGGGAGAAAUGAGUUUAGAUAUUCUGAUGAUUCAAAAGGAUUUAACUCUUACAGAAUUAAUGAAAAAGGGUAUAUUAAUUAUCGAACCAGUUCGUUUGUCUAUAAAAAAUGACGGACAAUUUAUUAUGUACCAAAGUCUAAAUAUUUCAUUGGUUCAUAAGAGUAAGCCCCAAAUUAAUCAAAGAUACCGAGAAAAAAGCUAUAUUGCUAAGAUUAAUUUGGAUAAAUCCAUUGAAAGACAUCAAAGAAUGGCUGAAAAUAGAUACAAAAAUCAUUAUGAUUUGUUCUUUGUUCCCGAAAAAGUUUUAUCCACUAAAGGACGUAAAGAAUUAAGAAUUCUAAUUUGUUUCAAUUCACGGAAGAGAGAUGGUAUUCAUAAAAAUCCAGUAUUUUGCAACAACGUAAAAAACUUUGUUUUGGAUAAAAGAAAACAUUUUGAUAAAAAGAAACUAAUUAAAUUAAAGUUCGUUCUUUGGCCUAAUUCUCAAUUAGAAGAUUUAUCUUGUAUGAAUCGAUAUUGGUUUGAUACCAAUAAUGGGAGCCGCUUCAGUAUGAUAAGGAUAAAUAUGUAUCCACGAUUGCAAAUUUGUUAAUUAUGCGUUUUUCAUAUAUAUUCUGUACCAUAUAUGUAUGGUAUAUGAAACAAAUAGUUGCACCCAUGUAUUGUCUUACCUUCCAGUCUGAUACAUGACUACGAAUUCAAUGCAUGUAUCAAUAUCCAAUAGAUCUAUAAAUGAUUAACGGAAUCUUCUUAUUUUUUAUUUUAUUUUAUUAUUACAAAAUUUUGUAUCUUUUCUAAAUGUAGAAAUAUAUCAUCCUUUCCUAUUCCUAUACGAAUUUUCAUAUUCCUAUUCCUAUACGAAUAAAAUUGAAAAGAAAAUUGGAUUGAUUAAUUUUAUUUGAUAAAAUUAGGAGUUCAUAAAGAAAUUAAGAUUAUUGUGUAUACCAAAUUAAAAUGACUAGCAUUAUUCUUACUGAUCAGUAAAAUCCAUUAAAAAAAAAGAGGAUAGAAAAUCCGUUUUAUGGUAAAAAAUUCAUUCAUUUCAGUUAUUUCACAAGAAGAAAAAGAAGAAAACAGGGGGUCCGUUGAAUUUCAAGUAUUUCAUUUCACCAAUAAGAUACGAAGACUGACUUCACAUUUGGAAUUGCACAGAAAAGACUAUUUAUCUCAGAGAGGUCUACGUAAAAUCCUGGGAAAACGCCAACGACUGCUCUCUUAUUUGUCAAAGAAAAAUAGAGUACGUUAUAAAGAAUUAAUUAGUCAGCUGGAUAUUCGGGAAUCAAAAACUCGUUAAUUGAAAAAGGAAUUUGAAUUAUUUUAUUUUUUUAUUAGAUCUUGAAUUUUAAUGAACUUCUUUUCAUUUUCAGCAAUUCAUGAAAGAAUGAAUCGAGGAAUAACCUAUGAAUGUAACAACUACAAGAAAAGACCUCAUGAUAGUCAAUAUGGGACCUCACCACCCAUCAAUGCAUGGUGUUCUUCGGCUCAUCCUUACUCUAGAUGGCGAAGAUGUUAUUGAUUGUGAACCAAUAUUGGGUUAUUUACACAGAGGAAUGGAAAAAAUUGCGGAAAAUCGAACAGUUAUACAAUAUCUGCCUUAUGUAACACGUUGGGAUUAUUUAGCUACUAUGUUCACAGAAGCAAUAACCGUAAAUGGACCAGAACAGUUGGGAAACAUUCAAGUACCUAAGAGAGCCAGUUAUAUCAGAGUAAUUAUGUUAGAGUUGAGUCGUAUAGCUUCUCAUCUGUUAUGGCUUGGCCCCUUUAUGGCAGAUAUUGGUGCACAGACUCCUUUUUUCUAUAUUUUCAGAGAAAGAGAAUUAGUAUAUGAUCUAUUCGAAGCUUCCACCGGUAUGAGAAUGAUGCAUAAUUAUUUUCGUAUCGGAGGAGUAGCGGCCGAUCUACCUUAUGGAUGGAUAGAUAAAUGUUUGGAUUUCUGUGAUUAUUUUUUAACAGCGGUUUCUGAAUAUCAAAAACUUAUUAUGCGAAAUCCUAUUUUUUUAGAACGAGUUGAGGGGGUAGGCAUUAUUGGUCCAGAAGAAGCAAUAAAUUGGGGUUUAUCGGGACCAAUGCUACGAGCUUCCGGAAUCCAAUGGGAUCUUCGUAAAGUUGAUCAUUAUGAAUGUUACGACGAAUUGGAUUGGGAAAUCCAUUGGCAAAAAGAAGGAGAUUCAUUAGCUCGCUAUUUAGUCCGAAUCGCUGAAAUGAGGGAAUCGAUAAAAAUUAUUCAACAGGCUCUGGAAGGAAUUCCAGGGGGACCCUAUGAGAAUUUAGAAACCCGAUUCUUUGCUAGAGAAAGGGAUCCAGAAUGGAAUGAUUUUGAAUAUCGAUUCAUUAGUAAAAAACCUUCUCCUACUUUUGAAUUACCGAAGCAAGAACUUUAUGUAAGAGUUGAAGCCCCAAAGGGAGAAUUGGGAAUUUUUUUAAUAGGAGAUCAGAGUGGUUUUCCUUGGAGGUGGAAAAUUCGUCCACCUGGUUUUAUCAAUUUGCAAAUUCUUCCUCAGUUAGUUAAAAGAAUGAAAUUGGCCGAUAUUAUGACAAUACUAGGUAGCAUAGAUAUCAUUAUGGGAGAAGUUGAUCGUUAAAAUGAUAAUUGAUACAACAGAAGUACAAGAUAUAAAUUCUUUUUCUAGAUUGGAAUCUUUAAAAGAAGUCUAUGGAAUCAUAGGGAUGUUUUUCCCUAUUUUGACUCUUGUAUUGGGAAUCACAAUAGGUGUACUCGUAAUUGUGUGGUUAGAAAGAGAAAUAUCUGCAGGAAUACAACAACGUAUUGGUCCCGAAUACGCCGGUCCUUGGGGAAUUCUUCAAGCUUUAGCAGAUGGGACAAAACUUAUUUUCAAAGAGAAUCUUUUUCCAUCUAGAGGAGAUACUCGUUUAUUCAGUAUAGGACCAUCCAUAGCAGUUAUAUCAAUUUUACUAAGUUAUUCAGUAAUUCCUUUUAGUUAUCACCUUGUUUUAUCUGAUCUCAAUAUCGGUGUUUUUUUAUGGAUUGCCAUUUCCAGUAUUGCUCCUAUUGGACUCCUUAUGUCAGGAUAUGGAUCAAAUAAUAAAUAUUCUUUUUUAGGUGGUCUACGAGCCGCUGCUCAAUCGAUUAGUUAUGAAAUACCAUUAACCCUUUGUGUGUUAUCAAUAUCUCUACGUGCGAUUCGUUAAAACAGAAACUUUUCUUUAUUCCUUUCUUUUUCGAAAAGAAAUUGAAUAGAUAUCUCCUUUUUUUAUUCAUCAUUCAGUUUGAUGACCUAAAUCAGAUAGUUGUAUGAGUGAAAGAAAACAGCUUAGAAAUUAGCAGUAAAAAGAUUGAGUCUCAUUUCCUACGUACAAGAAUAAAAAAAAAGUAAAUAGAA